AUUAUCAUGAGAUGGCCUGGAUCAAAACAGAGGACCUUUCAUGUAUGGCUGUAUCCGGGAGGUUAUCUUAUCUCUGCUCUUUGCUUUCAGUAGGCUAACGUAACGUUUAUACACUUUUUAUGGUUGAGUCGCUGAAACAAUCAGGAGUACUUGAACCAUGUGGAACGGUUGUAUUUUUUCUCCUUAAAAGUUGGUGCUUUCCCCGAAAGUGUGGGUUAGACAGCUUUUAAACGGGUCAUUUUUACGUAUUUACCACGACCGUCGGACUUUAUUUUCUUUUCAGUGUUUGUGUCUCGGCUUUUUGUGACCUAUAUUUCGCCGUAAGUUGGUCGCACACGCGUUAACAGUCGCCGUCGUUCGUCGAUGACCCAGCCUCUCAUUUCCGAAAGCUUACGGAGAUUCACCGAGCAGCGACCCAGCCCCUCCCGUCCCCCCCCUCUCGUCACCGCUCCAGCGACUCUCCCCUCGGCUCCACUCCGAGGAGGAACCCGGUGCCCCCGGCUGAUCGUUUCCAAUUACGUUACCCCAAGAUGGAGGUCUGCAGAUGGCACUGCUAGCGUCAACGACUCCCCGCAACCGUCCGUGUGGCUUUAAUGACGCUUUUGUCAGGACAGGAGUGAUUGUGUGCCAUCUUUUUGUCGAUAUUUUGGGGGGCUCUACUUGGGAGAUACCGAGCUCCAGAUUCGGGUUGUGGCAGCCAUGAGCUCCGGGGAAGGAGCGGAGGAGACCACGAAGGACGCCAGCGACAUAGAGGCGUUCUUCAAAACCGAUGGAUCCCUCCCUAAAGAGCCAAAAGGAGAUGUAUCGAGCCAGAUAGCAGGUUUCAGGAGAAAUGAGGAGAUGAGAGCGAUGGAGGUGCUUCCCAUCCUCAAAGAGAAGGUUGCCUUUCUGUCAGGUAAGGUUAUGUGUGUUUGUCUGGUCUCAAAAAUGCACCACCCCCUGCUGUCUGAUCAUGGCAAAUAA